AACUGGCUCUCUCCUAACUCCGCCACGUCAGCGCAGGAGAGAAAAAACGUGGCACGUUCAUUUCAAUGGAGCUUCAAAUCUGCGCUUCAAUGGAACUUUAGGUCUCCCUUUCUGGUGGAUUCUCGAUUAGAAGAGACAAAGCAUCGAUCGAAUUUUCUUUUCUGGAUUCCCGGAAAAUUUGUUGAGUCUCCUCCGUCUUGCUGAUCAACCAUGAAUAUCUUCAGAUUCGCUGGCGAUAUGACUCACUUGAUCAGUAUCUUAAUCCUCCUCCUCAAAAUCUACGCCACCAAAUCCUGCGCCGGAAUCUCUCUCAAGACUCAGGAGCUGUACGCGCUUGUGUUCUUGACUCGUUACAUGGAUCUCAUCACGGACUAUGUGUCUCUCUACAACACCGUGAUGAAGAUCGUCUUCAUUGCCAGCUCUUUGGCUAUCGUUUGGUGCAUGCGUAGGCAUCCGUUGGUGCGGAGGUCAUACGAUAAGGAUCUGGAUACGUUUCGUCAUCAGUACGUUGUGUUGGCAUGCUUUGUUUUGGGGCUUAUACUGAAUGAGAAAUUCACAUUUCAAGAGGUGUUCUGGGCUUUUUCUAUAUACUUGGAGGCAGUGGCUAUCCUUCCCCAGUUGGUUCUGCUGCAGAGAAGUGGGAAUGUGGACAACUUGACUGGACAAUAUGUUCUCUUUCUUGGGGCGUAUCGUGGACUGUAUAUCAUCAACUGGAUCUAUCGCUAUUUCACAGAAGAUCAUUUCACUAGAUGGAUCGCUUGCGUCUCUGGUCUUGUCCAGACAGCUCUCUAUGCGGAUUUCUUCUACUACUACUACUUAAGCUGGAAAACCAACACCAAACUCAAGCUACCUGCUUGAGCAGAACCACACAAAUUUUGCAACAGUGUCAUAAUUCAGGAAGUUACAAUGAGGGUGACACUAGAAAAACGAAAAAAAGACAUGGUUACAAUCUGACAACGAGUUGAAUGAUGCAGGAUUGUUGUUUGAGAUGUGCUUUAACCUUUCAAUGAACAAUGUAAGUUUGUAACUUUCCCUUUCAUGUGGAGGUUGAAAUCAAAAACUCUGAAGUCUUUUCUGGGGGAACACAAAAAUUUAAAGAGCCAAAACACUGUUUUUCUUUUAA